AUUUUUCAUUUUAUUUUCUCUCUCUUUCGCCGUUAUUAAUUGUUUCUCUUCGUUGUCAAACUAAUUUAUUUUCCGUUUUUCAUUUUGUUCACAAAACUGCCAAAAAUGAUAUUGAAUUAGAAUUAGAAUGAGAAUUAAUAACUUCCACUUUCCUUCUUCUUCGUCCGAUCUUUCUCUCCACCCUGUCAACAACGCACAUCAUCAUCAUCAACAACAACCAUAAUUGAUUACAAAUUUCCCCUUUAUUUUCUCUCUCUCUCUCUUCGAUUCACUAUUUCCACUGUUGUUGUAUACUACGCCGUAUUCCAUCCCAUAUUCCUUUUACCUCCUUCCAUCACCACCUUUUCACCUUCUCACUCCAAUAACUCUCUCUCUCUCUCAUCCAUGUACCCCCCUUUCCCACCACCGACCUUUCUCAAUUUUCCUUUCCAUCUAUCCCCACCCCAAUUCUAGGGUUUUCAUUUUCACUCUUUCUCUUCUUUUUUUUUGUUUUUUUUUUAAUUUAAUAAAAUCCUUUUCGCUUUCCACUUUUAAUUCGUUAUUAGGUUUACUCUCUCUCUCUCUCUCUCUCUCUCUCUCCAUAUAUAUUCUCCCUUCUGCAUAUCAAUCUAUUUCCUCUGAUUCUCUUCUAACUACAUAUUUUCUUCUUUUACACGCUCACACGCACCCACCAUCUGUGUAUACUUGUUUACCCUUUCGUGUUUUUCCCUCUUUCGCUUAAUACUAAUAAUCUCAAUUCAAUACUAUUCGUGUGUUAAUUUUUGUCGUGUUUGUGGGUGCGUGUGGAGGUGAAGAAUAGUAACUAAUUGAUUGUUAAAUACAUGGCAUACCAAUCGAUUCAGGGUCCGAGUUCAGGAUCAAGUUCAAGUUCAGGGUUUCAAUUGUUGAACUCUCCUUUUGGAGAUACAACUUACACAAAAGUCUUCGUUGGAGGAUUGGCAUGGGAAACUCAAAGCGAAACCAUGCGCCGUUACUUUGAACAGUUUGGUGAUAUUCUUGAAGCCGUUGUUAUCACCGAUAAGAACACUGGUCGAUCCAAAGGCUACGGUUUUGUGACUUUCCGUGAUCCAGAAGCUGCUAGGAGAGCCUGUGCCGAUCCAAGUCCUGUUAUUGAUGGUAGAAGGGCUAAUUGUAACUUGGCUUCACUUGGCCGUCCACGACCACCUUUGCCAUAUGGACGGGUAAGACCAGCAUCCCCUUAUGUUGGAAGUUUGCAACCAGCCCGUGGUGCUUAUGUUGGAGGUUAUGGCUACCAGCAGCAACCACUUUCCUAUGGCUACCAACAAGGAGUGGUUUAUCCUCCUUAUGGGUAUACGACAUAUGGACCUGAAUACGUCUACCCACAGAGUAUGUACAAUCCUUAUGUGGGUCAACAGUACCUUCAGAUAUAUGGCGUUCCUGGUGCGGCAAAUACAACUAUUUAUCCUUAUGGACAGUUGGGUCAAGCUAUUCCUGGUGGUCAUGGCUAUACAGCAAUGCAGGGUUAUACAGUACCAGGCCAUCAGUUUGUGCCCUAUGGUGGCUCCAAUGUGAAUGCAAUAACAACUUCACCUAUGCCUGCCAUUCAAGCCACAUAUGCUAGCGGAAUUGCUGCACCUGUUCCAGGCCAACCUCAAUUUAUUGUUUCUCCUCAGUUUAUGCAAGGUAGCGGUCCUGACCAAACAGCUGGGUGAGGGGAUGACUAAGAUAUCCUUAGUUUGCAGCAGGACUAAGAGCAGUGGAACUGCUACUUGAGUGGCGGGACUCCAAUCUAGCCUUGCAAGUUAUUUAUUUUGCAUUCUAGAGGUCAUAUAUAGUCAUGCUCACCAAGUUGUGUCUGAGUCGCUCCAGAUGGCGAAGGAAAAUGGGACGUGCAGGCUACUUCUUCCAUUUGGACGUUUACACUACUGUAUUUAUACCUAAUACUAUCGCCCUCAGGAAGGGUGGUGGUAGUAUUGGAUCAAUGGGUGUCGGAAUAGGUUUUUGGCAGCCAUGUAGGAAUAAACUUGUGUAAAAAGAAAAUCACGUCUGAAUCAAAAUAUGAUUCUUUGUAGUCCAGUCCAGUCAAGCAUUGGGUUUGUAGAUAUAGUUGUCAAUGUUAGUGAAUUGCGUGAAGAUGGAUGGUCCAUCACAUUGAAUAUGAUUUUUGUGCAUAGUAGUUGUCAGGUUCUACCACAAGACACGGAUGUAAUUUUAUUUAUAUAAUUCUAUUAAGAACCUGCCGUUUAUGCAGGCGUAGACCCAUCAGUAUAUUCCAUUAGAGAAGAUUUGCAUUGUAGUCACAUGUCCAACGUUUUCUUCAAUUAUUAGUUUUCAACUUUCUCAUCAA